AUUUAUAUGUAGGAUGUGAGAAUGGAGGUUGCUUUGAACUCAAUUCUGAUAAGAAACCACUGCUUGUUGAGGUAUUAAUCCGACGGUCGUGAGCUUCUCCUCCAACUUCCAUCCUCGGUUCACCGCCUGCUUUUCUACUGGUCUCUGGUCUCACUCCUUCUAGCCAUGGUGACGAUGCCAUUGAGAUGGCUGUUGCUGUUGCUUGUUGCUACGGAGGGCCUGUACAGGGUCUCAAGCUCUACUGAUGGGCGAGAUGCGGCCGCCUUAGGUGCUCUAAGGAAUGCAUGGAAGAACACGCCGCCAAGUUGGGAUAAAUCAAAUGAUCCUUGCGAUUCAAUGUGGGAAGGAGUCAAUUGCACCAAUGGCAGGGUGAUUGAAUUGAAAUUAGCAAGCAUGGGCAUUGUAGGUACUCUUGAUGGUGACAUUGGGGAACUCACCGAGUUGAAUUCCCUGGACCUUUCUUUCAACCCAGGCCUAUCUGGAUCCGUCUCUCGAUCAAUAGGCGAGUUGAAGAAAUUAAAAAUCCUGAUCCUGACUGGCUGCAGCUUCACUGGCAACAUCCCAGAGGAAAUAGGAAACCUACCGAACCUCACGUUCUUGGCACUGAAUUUAAACAGAUUAACUAAUGAAAUACCUCCUUCUUUCGGUAAGCUCUCCAACAUUUAUGUACUGGACCUGUCAGAAAAUCAGCUGACUGGAUCUCUCCCUGUCUCAAACUUAACCACCCCAGGCUUGGAUCAGCUUCUCCAAGCAGGGCACUUCCAUUUCAACAAGAACAGGCUCUCAGGUAAAAUUCCGGACAAGCUUUUCAGCUCCGAAAUGAAGCUCAUACACAUACUAUUUGAUGGAAAUCAAUUAACUGGGGAGAUCCCAUCCACACUGGGGCUUGUGCAAACCCUUGAGGUUCUUCGGCUUGAUAGGAAUUCACUAAAUGGUUCCAUCCCGGAUAACCUUAACAACCUCACGAAGAUCUAUGACCUGCAUUUAUCAAACAAUCAUCUGACGGGGCCAGUGCCUAACCUGACCGGAAUGACUUCUCUUAAUUUCGUGGACCUUAGCAACAAUUCAUUCGAUGCAUCAGAAGCUCCAACCUGGUUCUCAACCGCACAAUCUCUUACUACUCUAGCAAUGGAACACGGAGCACUUCAAGGUCCAGUCCCGCAAAAGCUGUUCAGCUUUCCACAACUGCAGCAAGUGAAAUUGAAGAACAACUCAUUCAAUGGCACCUUUGAUAUGGGUGAAAGCAUCAGCCCGAAACUCCAACUAGUGGAUUUGGAAAACAACCAAAUUGCCCAGUUUCCAGUGCAUCCCAGCUAUAAAAAAACACUAGUACUUGUCGGGAACCCGCUCUGUACUGCCCCUCAGCCCUCCAAUGAUAAGUAUUGCCAACAUCAGCAAUCAUCACGAACAAACUAUUCAACCAAUCUGGCAAACUGCAGCAGCACGUCAUGUCCCCCCGAUCAGAGGCCCAGACCUCAGACUUGCUAUUGUGCCGUCCCAUACACUGGAACUCUGAACUUCAGAGCACCUUUGUUCAGAGUCUUGCCCAACAGCACCACAUUCCAGUCACUAGAAAUGUGCAUGUGGAAGGAACUCGGCCUAACUCCAGGUUCAGUAUCUCUUCAGAACCCAUUCAUCAACAUGAAUGACGAUCUCCAGGUGCACUUGGAACUCUUCCCAUCCACCGGAUACUUCAACCGGUCAGAGAUUCAGAGGCUCACGUUCGGUCUUUCCUGCCAAGGUUUCACGCUUCCCAAAGAGUUUGGACCAUACUCCUUCGUGCCAAAUCAAUAUCCUUUCCCGGACGGAAGUGGAGGGACUUCAAAGAGUUCAAACAUAGUUAUCGGGAUAGCUGUUGGUUGUGCUGUUCUGGUUCUCGUACUCGUGGGGGUAGUGAUAUACAUCUUCCGGCAAAAGAAACGGGCUACAAGAGACAUAGAAUUAAGCAGACCUGUAUCUUGGGGUCUGAGUGGCGAAGACAGGGGUGGUGCACCACAACUAAAAGGUGCGAGAUGGUUUUCUUAUGAUGAACUCAAAAAGGGCACUAACAACUUCUCGGAAAGCAAUGAGAUUGGAUCGGGAGGUUAUGGCAAGGUUUACCGAGCUAAACUUCUAGAUGGGCAGAUUGUGGCAAUCAAAAGAGCACAGCAAGGAUCCAUGCAAGGUACACACGAGUUCAAGACUGAAAUUGAGUUGCUUUCUAGGGUUCAUCACAAGAACCUUGUCAGUCUUGUGGGUUUCUGUUUUGAGAAUGGAGAACAGAUGCUGAUCUAUGAAUAUGUUCCAAAUGGAACACUAAGAGAGAGCUUGUCUGAGAAGAGUGGCAUCCAUCUGAACUGGAAGAGGAGACUUCGGAUUGCUUUAGGCUCAGCAAGAGGAUUAGCUUAUCUUCACGAGCUUGCCGAUCCUCCCACAAUACAUAGAGACAUCAAGUCUACUAAUAUUCUUCUGGAUGAAAAUCUAACUGCCAAGGUUGCAGACUUCGGCCUGUCAAGGCUAGUAUCAGAUAACAGAAAGAAACAUGUUUCUACUCAAGUUAAAGGCACAAUGGGUUAUCUCGAUCCUGAAUAUUACAUGACUCAACAACUAACAGAUAAGAGUGACGUAUACAGCUUUGGUGUGGUUAUGCUCGAGCUUAUAUCUGCAAAGAAACCCAUAGAGAAGGGCAAGUAUAUUGUUCGGGAGGUCCGAAUGGCAAUGGAUAAAAAUGAAGAGCACUAUGGCCUGAGUGAGAUAAUGGAUCCCUCCAUUCGGUAUGCAACCAAUCUCAUUGGUUUCGGGAGGUUUGUGGAGUUGGCCAUGCAAUGCCUCGAAGAAUCACCUGAAGACCGUCCAAAAAUGAGCGAGGUGGUGAGGGAAAUCGAGACCAUACUGCAGAAUGAUGGGCUGAACACACACUCAACUUCUGCGUCUUCAUCUGCCACAGACUUUGAGCCCAUGAAGGGUUCUCUGCCCCAUCCUUAUAAUGAAACUCUACCAGAAAAGGAUGAAAAUAACGAUGCUUUCGACUACAGUGGUGGUUACACAUCCUCGGCCAAACUCGAACCCAAGUAGCACAAUAUAUAUAUAUAUAUAUAUAUAUAUAUAUAUAUAUAUAUAUAUAUAUAUAUAUAUAUAUAUAUAUAAAAUUCUCAUUUCAUUCUACUAUUAUAUUUGUUUGCUGUCUAUGUUGAAGUCAGUCCAUCACAGAAUGAAAACUGUGCAACCGUAAAAUGGUAUUGUAUUUGUGGCCUUGCAUCUGAAUUGUUUCUUUCAAAUGGAACUAAUUUCCAUUUUCUACCCUGCAA